GUAAUUUUAUAUGCAUUGCUGUAUAAAUGUCCUUUCUGAAUUCAUGCAAAUAAAACCAAAUAGUGUCAAAAAAGAUGGUUUUGUUGGUGCAUAUGACUCUAUUUUCUGGAUGCCUGGUAUUUAUGACUGGAAUGUAUAAUGUCGAGGCCUGGGCUUACCAUUACAACAUCGACAGUAAUUUGGACUGGACAGCAGCUCGUCAGUGGUGUCAAACGCAUUUCACAGAUAUGGUGGCCAUCCAAAACCAGGCAGAAAUUGCAUACCUCAACGAAAUUCUCCCUUUCCAUCGGGCAUACUACUGGAUUGGCAUUAGGAAGAUUGACGGCCAUUGGACAUGGGUUGGGACCAAAAAGCGCUUGGUCAUCGAAGCAGCAAACUGGGCGACAGAUGAACCGAAUAACCAGGGGACUGGAGAAGACUGUGUGGAGAUUUACAUCAAGAGGAACAAAGACACAGCCAAGUGGAAUGACGAAAGGUGCAGCAAGAAGAAAGCAACUGUGUGUUAUUUAGCCUCUUGCACUGAGACGUCCUGCAGUGAGCAUGCUGAGUGUGUGGAGACUAUUGGAAACUACACAUGUCAGUGUGACCCUGGUUUCAUGGGCCCACGCUGUGAUGAUGUUGUCCAGUGCCAGCCUGUUGAAAAUCCACAACAGGGUAUUGUGAAGUGUGACGGCGUCUUUGGAGUGUUUCAUUUUAACUCAUCAUGCCAGUUCCAAUAUGCCACUGGGUUCAAUCUGGAGGGGGCACAGAGGAUACACUGCUUGGCAUCAGGACAUUGGAAUAAUGCCCUUCCUGUUUGUCAUGCUGUCAAAUGUCGGCCAAUCAUUGAUGUCCCUCGUGGUUUGACAAUGAUCUGUACUCAUCCGCUUUCCAUGAAUAGCUUCAACUCAAGCUGUGAGUUUGAGUGUAAGGAGGGUUAUGAGCUCAAUGGUUCAAAGACAACCUGGUGUGACCACACUGGCCACUGGACAGACAAAUCCCCCACCUGCACAGUGGUGACCUGUGAUCCACUCCUGGCCCCUGCAAAUAGCAGUUUGACCUGUGCUGAUCCACUGGGAAAAUCCUCCUUUCUUUCUUCUUGCAAUGUUACCUGUGAUGAAGGACACAAACUGACAGGAGGAGCCACACUAACUUGUCAGGGAGACAGCAACUGGUCAGCACCGCUGCCUAAAUGUGAAGUGGUGACCUGUGAUCCCCUCCUGGCCCCUUCAAAUAGCAGUUUGACAUGUGCUGAUCCACUGGGAAAAUCCUCCUUCCGUUCUUCUUGCAAUGUUACCUGUGAUGAGGGACACAAACUGAGAGGAAGAGCUACACUAACUUGUCAGAGAGACGGCAACUGGUCAGCACCGUUGCCUAUAUGUGAAGUGGUAAAGUGUGACCCACUGAAACCCAUCCCGAACGGCUCCUUCCAAUGUCAUGACUCUGCUGAUGAGUUUUCUUAUGGCUCCACUUGUUGGUUUAAAUGUGAUUAUGGUUUUGUCAACAAUGGUACAAAUUCAACUCACUGCACCAAACAGGGGAACUGGAGUCAUAUAUCACCUAUUUGCCAUGCUGUACAGUGUCCUCCCCUCUCUGAUACGCCAAAAUAUGGAAGUGUGAGCUGUAUUCACCCCCUGUCCACCAAUAGCUACAACUCCAGCUGUGAGUUUCAGUGUGAGGAGGGUUUGGAGCUCAGAGGCACAGAUUCCACUCAUUGUGAUCACACUGGGCACUGGACAAACACAACACCUAUUUGUACAGCUGUUGCUUGUGACCCUCUCGUCACCCCUGAAAAUGGCAACCUGACCUGUGCCGAUCCAUUGGGGAAUUUCUCUUUUCGUUCUUCUUGUAAGGUUAUUUGUGAGGAGGGAUACAAACUCAGAGGAGAUACAAUGCUCAACUGUCUGAGUAAUGGCAACUGGUCAGCACCAACACCUGCAGUGUCUUUAAAAUCAUUUAAAGAGUUCAUAAAAUGUGAAGCUCUGGAGUCUGUCCAUCAUGGUUCUGUACACUGUCAUGACCAGCUGGAGGAGUUCAGCUAUGGCUCUGAGUGCUGGCUUGAGUGUGAAGCUGGAUUUGCUUUGAAUGGAACUAAUUCCACUCACUGCACCUCUCAAGGGAAAUGGAAGCAAACGUUUCCUGUCUGUCAAUCACAGCAGUGCAGCUCAUUAACUGACCCCUCUCAUGGUAGUUUAACCUGCACACAUCCCCAUGGCCAGUUCAGCUUUGGUACAGUGUGUGAAGUGAGCUGUCAGGCAGGCUUCAAACUGCACGGCACACCCAAGCUGGAGUGCUUGAAGAUGGAGAAGUGGACAGACACCCCACCCUUCUGCUUGGCUCAAGAGUGCCCUCUUUUGAGCGCUCCAGAAAAUGGCUGGAUGAAUUGCUCUCAUCCUCACUCUCUGUUUAGCUAUGAAUCCCGGUGCCUUCUGGGAUGUCAGACUGGCUUUGAGUUAACAGGAGAGCCAGAUAUGCAGUGCUCAGCUUCUGGGAACUGGAGUCAGGAGAUGCCUUCGUGUGCUGUUGUUCAUUGUGAACACCUCUGGCUCACUUAUCUUUCUGAUCUGGGACCUCCACCCUCAAUGAACUGUUCCCACCCCCAUGGAAACUUCAGCUUUGGAUCUCAGUGUACGUUCUGGUGUGCAAAAAGUCAUGAGCUCAAUGGAACCAGUCAGCUUGUCUGCACCUCCAAUGGGUACUGGACCCAUUCACCACCCAUUUGUGUUGUAAAGGAGAUGUCAGUGAGUGCCAGUAUGCUGAUAUAUGCUGCUGUGGGAGCUGUUUCUUCAGCUGGUCUACUUUUACUGGGAGGACUCAUGUUUUUGUUGACUCGCCAAUUCACCAAAAAGGCUCAUUACAGUCUGAAUAAAUCCUCGUUGGAAGGAGAUUUGAACCUGGCAUUCGAAUUAAAUUGAAUCUACAUCAGUUCCAAGUAACUUUGUUCAUGUUGUUUUUUACUUGCUAUAAAUUAAUAACUGAACAGAAUUGUCUUGUGUGUUUAGUAUCAGCCCAAGUCAGUACUCAGUAGAGAUACUUUCCCACUAUCAAAACAGCAUUUAUACUAUUUCCAUGCUAAUAAUAAAAUAUUAUCAGGUGA